GGGAAGCCAGCCUUCCGGGAAUCCUUCGACGUUAAUUACGAAGUCGCGACUAGAAACAAUGGCGGCAAGAGGGCUGGAUCGGGGAAGGGAGGUGAUCAAUGAUCAUUCUGUCUUGGAAUGUGAGGGAGAUGGGGAGCAGAGUCAAGUGAACCAAGAUUAGGAAAGUUUGUAAAAGAGCGAAGGUCGACAUCCUCGUAUUUCAGGAAUCCAAGCUUCUGGACUUUCCUCCAGGUUAAGGAGUCGAGCUAUGGACCUCACCCCUUUCAAGCGUGACAUUGAUGAGCUUAUAAAUGAGUUCUCUGAGGAUGGAUUAACAACUUUGGCUGAUAUGAAGAGAGUAUGGCUGUCUCGAAAGUUCUCCUUUAUUUAUGAGGCCAAGCCAGCCUACAAUUUGGCCUUGUUCAUGCAGUCAUUGUAUGCCCAUUCAAUCAGUCACAUGGUUUCUACUGGUUCCCUGUCGCAAAGAUUGGGCGGGCUAUAUUGCCUUUAUUGCCUUUAUGAGACUCAGCCAUUCAAGCCUCCUUUCAAGAUUUAUUUGUCUCUUGGAGAAUUGGGUAAGUUAAGAAACAUUGUUAUUGAUGCAAAACAAAAUGGUAUCGGAGUUCUACCUGUUCUAGUCAAAAGGAUGCUAGAAAGAAACAUGUUUCUGUUUGGGUCUGUUGACAUAGAUGACAGUUCAGUGACUGAGAGAGUUGAUGAAAUCACAAAGCUACAGAAUGCACGUAUCCAAUUCGCUUAUAAAACGUUAUUUGCAAAUACCCGGAUUGAUGAGCGUCUGCAAAUGGAUCUUGGUGAAGAACUGGACUUGAAAGGACUAGAGAAAAUGUCCACAGAAUAUGCAAAAGCUAAGGAACUAGCCGUCCAAGAGGCCAGCGCAGUGGUUGGAAUCGAUGAUAUAAAGCACAUAGCUCAGAACAAGAACUUGAUCGGAGAUGUAGUAAGGAAGAUCUCGGAUGAGUGGGAUGCUCAAAAGGAAGUGUUCCAUCAACAGACAGGAGUAAAGCAUCCCCAUGAAGAAGCAGGGACUGAUGAAUUCGAUAGGGAGUUGGAACACCUGUUAACUGAUUGCUAGUUGGGAGUUAUCCAGAAUGUGACCUAAAAAUCACCAAUGCACUUUGGCCACCUGCACGUUCUUGAAAACAGAGGCCCACCACUGGCCUAAUCCAACAAGUUCAAACCUAGUUGACUACAUCGGCUCUCUCAGUCCAAUGUGCUCGAAUUGCUGUUAUUGGCUGCAGCCUUCAAGUGUCAGAGAUGUGAAGAUGUCAUCAGCUUCAUUUCAUCCCGAUAGCAUGCAUGUCCAGCUUUAUCUUGCCAUAAAUUCUUCAGCAUCUGUAAUCAAGAGCCCGUUUGGAUGCCCUUCUACAAAAUGGGGUUUCUGCAAAAGGGGUUUUCAUGCCCACUUUUUUGGUUGACUCGAUGAGUCGGCUUUUUAAUACAUAUUUUGCUGAGUGGGAGAUGAGAUGAUGUUUGUAAAAGUGCAUCCAAGUGCAUAACAUGAUGACAUUCAGGUGUCAAAUGCCUCUUUUGAGGGUGUGUCCAAAUGGGCCCUGAAGGAAUGAAGUUGAUGGUCCUGUCAAUUUAUUGGAUAUUAGUAGCUGUUUAGGGACGAUUAUCAUUGUCAUUAUUAAUUUUUUUUGAAAGACAAUAUUGAAUUCAUUGGAAUUUCAUCAGACGAUGUAAUGGGUAAUGACACUAUUUGCUUGAUACGUCAUUUCUAGACGUGUAUUGCGUCCCAAACCUCAAUAAACAGAAUUGUGGCUUUCAGUUCCACAUUUGCAUG